UCAUAUAACCAUUUCCUUUAACAUCGCCGAGAGAGAGAGAGACGGCGGCGAAAUGGGUCGUGUGAUCAGAGCACAACGUAAGGGAGCAGGGUCCGUCUUCAAGUCCCACACUCACCACCGGAAAGGCCCAGCCCGGUUCCGUUCACUCGACUUCGGCGAGCGUAAUGGUUACCUGAAGGGUGUUAUAACUGAGGUUAUUCAUGACCCAGGUAGGGGUGCUCCGCUAGCCCGUAUCACUUUCCGUCAUCCAUUCCGUUACAAGCACCAGAAGGAGCUGUUCGUUGCGGCGGAGGGUAUGUACACUGGGCAAUUCGUUUACUGUGGGAAGAAGGCUACGCUCAUGGUUGGCAAUGUGCUACCACUUAGAUCUAUCCCUGAAGGAGCUGUUGUUUGCAAUGUUGAGCAUAAAGUUGGUGACCGUGGUGUUUUUGCAAGGUGCUCUGGUGAUUAUGCUAUUGUUAUCAGUCACAACCCCGAUAAUGGAACCACUAGGAUUAAGCUUCCAUCAGGAUCCAAGAAGAUUGUGCCAAGUGGGUGUCGUGCCAUGAUUGGUCAGGUAGCUGGAGGAGGACGUACCGAGAAGCCAAUGCUCAAGGCAGGUAACGCAUACCACAAGUACAGAGUAAAGAGGAACUGCUGGCCCAAGGUUCGUGGUGUUGCUAUGAAUCCCGUGGAGCAUCCUCAUGGUGGUGGUAACCAUCAACAUAUUGGUCAUGCAAGUACUGUCCGUCGGGAUGCACCACCUGGGCAAAAGGUUGGUCUUAUUGCUGCAAGGAGGACUGGUCGUCUUCGUGGUCAAGCCGCCGCCACUGCUGCUAAGGCUGACAAGGCUUAAAAAGUUUACCUUAUCACUGUUUUUACGUAUUUGUUUCCGGAUCAGUCUUUUAAACUAUUUGAGUGCUGAAAUUAUACUAAAUUUUGGUGGGAUAUUUAGUA